AUGCAGGCGCUCUCAGCGGGGUCGCGCUGCGCCCCGGUCGUCGCUAGGAAUAGAGAUGCGCCGGUUCCGCGGUGCCCCGCUGCCCGCCGCGGCCUCGCGGCGCCUGUGCCGCGCCCGCCGUCUGCCCAGGCUCGGCUGGUGGCCGCCUCCGCGGCGGGGGAGGUGCCGGAGCUGUCCGCUCUGACCGCCGUGGGACCGCUCGAUGGACGCUACGGCCGGGCGACGGCCGUAUUCCGCAACAUCUUUUCGGAAUACGGCCUCAUUCGGUUCCGGGUAGCAGUGGAGUGCCGGUGGCUGCAAAAGCUCUCCACGAUGCCCGAGAUCACGGAGGUGCCCGCGUUCGGCCCGGAGGCUACGGCGCUGCUGGAUGAGCUGGCGAACAACUUCACCGUCGCGGACGCACAGGACGUCAAGGACGUGGAGAAGACGACCAACCACGACGUCAAGGCCGUCGAGUACGUGUUGAAAAAGAGGUUCGAGGCGGUGCCGGAGCUGAAGGCCGCGAGCGAGUUCACGCACUUCGCGUGCACGUCGGAGGACAUCAACAACCUGUCGCACGCGCUCAUGCUGCGCGAGGCGGUCCAGGAGCACGUCCUCCCGGCCAUGGACAAAAUCAUCGACGCCAUCGCGGGCAUGGCCGAGGACUUCGCGGACGUCCCCCUGCUCUCGCGCACGCACGGCCAGGCCGCCUCGCCCUCCACCAUGGGCAAGGAAAUGGCCAACGUGGCGUACAGGCUCCACCGGCAGCGCCAGCAGGUCGCCGCGGUGCCCCUCUACGGCAAGAUGGCUGGCGCGGUCGGCAACUACAAUGCGCACAUGUCGGCAUACCCGGAGGUCGACUGGCAGCAGUGCGCGGAGGACUUCGUGACGGGCACGCUCGGGCUGCAGUUCAACCCGUACGUCACGCAGAUCGAGCCGCACGACUACAUGGCGGAGCUGUUUGGCGCCGUGGCGCGGUUCAACAAUGUGCUGCUGGACUUUGACCGGGACGUGUGGGGGUACAUCUCGCUCGGGUACUUCAAGCAGAAGACGGUCGCGGGCGAGGUGGGGUCGUCGACGAUGCCACACAAGGUGAAUCCGAUCGACUUUGAGAACUCCGAGGGCAACCUGGGCAUCGCGAACGCCAUCAUGGACCACCUCUCGAACAAGCUGCCCAUCUCCAGGUGGCAGCGCGACCUCACGGACUCGACCGUGCUGCGCAACCUCGGCGUCGGCCUCGGGCACUCCCUGCUGGCCUACUCCUCGACCAUGCGCGGCAUCGGGAAGCUCCAGAUCAACGAGGCCGCGCUCGCGCGGGACCUCGACGCCACGUGGGAGGUCCUCGCCGAGCCCGUGCAGACGGUGAUGCGGCGCUACGGCAUCCCGGAGCCGUACGAGAAGCUCAAAGCGCUGACGCGCGGGCAGGGCAUCAGCCGCGAGAAGCUGCAGGAGUUCGUGGCCGCGCUGGAGAUGCCCGAGGACGCGAAGCGGGCGCUCGCGGAGCUCACGCCCGCGACGUACGUCGGCAACGCGGGGGCGCAGGCGCGCCGGGUGCGGGAGUUCUUGCGGUGA